AUGUUGGCUGCUUCUUUGUUAUAUUUAACCAAUUCGAUAAAGAUGACAGCAUCAACAUAUUCAUCUAUUAUCAACAACACGCGUAAUAUAUCAGUUUUCUUGGAAAUUUGGGAUCCUUGGUGCCCACAUUGCAAAAAAUUUAAAGAAGACUGGUACAAAAUCAAGAAUGACACGCAGUUUUUCGAUAAAGUUAUAAUAACAGAUCUUAAUUGCAAUUCAGAAAAGGCAUUAUGUAAAUUAUUCCCAGGAAGUGAGACACCAAGAUUUUACUGGAUAGAAAAUUCCAAUUCUAAGCCAGUUAGAUACUCUCAAGCAGUGACAUAUCAUGAAAUCAUGAAUUUUAUUAACAAAAAUCUUUAUGAACAAAUAAAUAUAUUGAAUCCACAUAAAAUACAUAAUGUUCCUCAAGAAAUUCGUCGUAUUAUUCAAGGAGAUCCUUACAAACAACAUUUAAUUUUCAAUGUUUCAAAUAACGAUGUAUCUUCAUUUAGUAUAGCUAGGAACGCAAUCAAAUCUCACAAACAUCUUCCUAUUAACUUUUUACUUGUAAAUGAUACAUCAUAUCAUUAUCCGAUUCUUUAUGCAGAUGUAAAUGGAUUUCCAUAUAUUUUUAGGGGUUCAUUUAACGAACAUGAGCUAUCUAACUUCAUCAGAACCAAGUCAAUUCCAUUUCUUUCUGUUUUUACCGAUAAUACUUAUUAUUAUUCUCAAAUUAACAAAAUUGAUGUUGCUGUCUUUAUUUUCCCAACUUCCAAAUUCGAAAACAUAUAUGGAUACGCGAAUUAUACAUAUAAAGAGUACAUAACGACACAAACAACUUGUUCUUUCGUUCCAAGGUUUUGCCGCUACAUUCAUGAGAAUCCAACCUCACCAAUAUUAGUUAUAUAUAGCAAACGAAAGAAUCUGUUUUAUAUUUAUCGAUCUCCUUUCACUCAAAAAGGAAUUCAGAAUUUUCUUGAAAAUAUUCGAACUGGAAAGGAUAGAGGAUAUGGUCCAGGAACUGGUAUUUAUGGAUUAAUAUUCGAAACAUACUAUAAUUACAGAGAACUUGGAGGAUUUGCAUUUUAUAUGAUGCAUCUCCCGAUUGUUUGCUUUUUCUUCUUUGUUAUUUGCAUUACAUAUGCAAUAAUAGACACAGUUAGGUAUAAUAUCCAAUAUAAAAGACUCGAAAAAGAAAGAAAAUUGGAUUAA